AUGACGGGCAUCCUGUAUGCCUCCCACGUCAACCAGUUUGUGGCCUGGGACACUGGAGGCCUGCAUGUCCUGGACUCCCACUUCCAGCUGCUCUCUCAGGUGCCAUCCACGCUGCCCAUCCGCUGCGGCAUUUACAGCAAGCAGCUGAACCGGAUUGUGACUGCCGGCGACGGGAACUUGACCAUCUGGAGCUUCCGCUACGGCUUCCGCAGCCUUCAGUGCCGAGCCACCGUAAGCACCGGCCUGGGACCCAGUGACCUCUUUCUCCACCUCGUCUUGGACACGGACAGCACUAGUGAGCCCCAACGCUGCUUUGCCUCUUGCGCCACCGGCGUGGCCACCUUUGACAUCUCCAGGGGGAAUCUCCUAGCCUUCAGGACGAAGCUCCAUAGCAGAGAGAUCACAGACCUUGCCUAUUGUGAAGCCAUUGGCUGCGUAAUCACAGCCUCACGGGACACCACCAUCAAGGUGUGGGACAAGGAGUGGCACAUUCGGAUCGUCUUUGUUGGGCACACCGCUCCAGUCAUUGCCGUGACCAUCUACCCUCACCGGCCCCUCAUCUUCUCUGCCUCCCAAGACGGGACCAUCCGCACCUGGAACCUCAACACCAUUGACCAGGUAGACCAAGUCCACGUCUCGGAGCCUGUGGAGUCCUUGGACACCCACACCAAUUCGCACGUCUUCUCCAUCUCGGGCUGCAGCCUCAACCUCUGGAAAAUCAAUCAGCUCUACUCACUCUACACAGUGCUGGGUUCCCCUGCCAGGCAGCUCAGCUGCAUCGACCUGAGGCUGCUGGGCGACUUCCCUGCCCGCGUCCUCUGCCUGUGCCAGGACUCCACCGUGCAGCUGCUGGAUGCCCAGAGUGGCGCGCCUGUGUCCGUCCUCUCCUUGGACGAGUAUUCCCCAGCCCGGGCAGUGGCCUACUGCUUGCCCCGGGAGACCCUUUUCGUGCUGCUGCAACAGGGCCACGUGCUGCGCGUCAACGCAGCCACCAGCCACAUGAGGGUGAAGCAGUGCUUUAGCAGCAGCCUCUGGGAAUCCAGGCCCUGCUGCGUCCUGCUCUACAGCCACAUGGUGGAACCAGACAAGGCGUACGCCACGUGGCUGGAAGUGACCCAGAACCAAGGCUACAGGAGGAAGUGGCAGAAAUCCACCAUCAACAUGCAGGACAGAAACAGAUUCCUGCCAAUUCUGGGGCACAAAAAUGGCUCCCUCAGUGUCAUAGAUUGGUUCUUGGGCCGAGCCCAGUACACAGUGGAGGCGCAUAACCCUGAGCGUGUCACGGCGUUGGCUGAGUACACCACACAGAUGUGUGUCCUGUCAGCAGGUACCGACCUCACGGUGAAGAUGUGGCGCCUCUUCCCCUACGCAGAGGAGUGCCUGCUCCCCCUCCUGUCCUUCUCCUGCACCUCUCCUGCGUGGCACAUGUGCUUCCUCGGAGACACCCUGGCGGUGGCCUUCCAGGACCCCGAAACGGUCACUUACAGCAUUGUCCACUACAACCUGAUGGAGCAGACACGCUCUGAGCACGGACCUGAGGAGGACGCCCAGGAUGACAUCACAGGUCUCUGCUGCUGCCCAAACCUGAAGCUCUUUGCCUCGUCCAGCCGGGACGGGUCGGUGAAGAUCUGGGACCACAAGAACAGGCUGCUCCGGCACCUGAAGCUGAACACCAUCCCGGAGAGCCUGGCCUUCGCCAACCACAAGGGGGACCUGCUGGUGGGCCUGGAGCAGCACCUGUAUGUCAUCCCCCACACCGAGUACCUGCCCAGUUACUACCAGAUGCAGCUGCUGUGGGCAAAGUUCCUGGAGCCCCUCAAGGAUAUCUCCCUGCCCAUCAGCCCGUCCAGCUUUGAGGCCCUGGUGCAAGAGAACAGCCGUCGCUUGAGGCAAGAGCUGCCUGCGAAGAAGUCCGAGUCCAGCAUGUCCGGCGUCUUCCGGGUGGCCCUGAGGGAGUCCAGGGAGGUCCGGGAAGCCAAGCUGAAGCUGGAGGGCAUGGCCCAGCUGGCGGAGAGGAAUCGGGACCUGCAGCUCCUGCAGGAAGGGAAGAUCAGCCCAGCCAAGAAACGGCCUUUCACCAAACAGAUGCGGGAGGAGGCCUUUGAGCGCUACCUGGGCCUCUUCUACCAGGAGCAGCUCAGCCUGGAGAUUCCCGAAAAGGAUCCCUUCGACGCAGACGAAGUGCUGGAAUCCCUCGGCCGGAUGGAUCCCAUCUCUGCCCUCCUGGAACCCUCCAUUUCCCACAUGUUCCUGGGGGGCUUCGCUAAGCCCAGGACCCUCAAACUGAGCAGCUCAGCCUUUGCGGAUAUUAGCCCCUCCAUCCGCUUCACCUCCUCCCUUACGGUUCCUGGCAUGCUCCAGGUGAAGAGGAAGAAGGUAGACGUUGGCGCUGCCCCCUCCUCUGCCGGGAUGCAGGAGACCCCCUCCCCAGGGAGAGCUGAAGCUCCCCCAGCCCCCCUCACGCAGGAGGCCCCCGAGAUCACCAGGCCCCUUUCUGCAAGAGCGGGCAGGCCAGGCUACGGGCCAGACCUGAGAGGGGCCCUGGAGGAGGCACCCAAGCCUGUGGAGCACCCCGUUAAAGCGUUCGAAACUGUGGUCUCGGUUACCCCAGGAACCCCUUCAUCCCCCAGCCCCUCCGUGCGCAUCAAGAGCGAAAAGGAGCUCAAAAGCGAGAGUCUUCAGCUGCCCAGAAUAUCCUCCGGCUUCAUCCCCAAUUCUGUGGUGGCCCAGCAGCUUCACACCCUGGACCUUCUGGAGACAGAGAGGCUCGUGAAGGUGAUCGGCCCCCAGGUGGUGUCGGGGAGCCCCUCAAAGGCCAGUUUAAUGUGGACGUUUGAUGAGGAGGAACUGCCCAAGGAAGAACGGCUGCCAGCGGCCCUGGAGGGCAUCUCCAAGUCCUGGAUCACGCCAGCGAAGGAAGACGCCCCCUCCACAAAGCAGAGCAUGCCUGGGAUUUUCCUGACUCAGCUGGAUGAGUCCCAGUAUCCAGAACUGCCGAGGACGGUGCCUGUAUUUGUUCUGCCCUUUGUGGACCAAGAGUGGUUCCAGAACCUUUUCCCAGAGGGUAUCCCCCCUGAGAUGACCUCAAAGGACUUGUUGAGGAAGCUGCAGGAGACGCUGCUCACUGCCGACUUCAACACCAAGACGGAGGUGUUGGGAGCCAUCGUCUACUUGGAAGAUCAGCUGGAGGACCGGGCGAAGAGGUGGAUCCAGUACACCCUGUUUGAAGUGCUGAAUCAGGAGGGCAACACCCCCUCUUUGCAGGAAAAGAGCCAGAAGAAGUUCAUCCUGGCCGCCCUGCGCGUCCUCCUGCACCUGGACAAAGAUAGCCUGGACUUGAUGGUGGAGCUGAUGACCUGCUACCUGAUGGCUGCUCCCUCCGCCCGGGCAGUUUUUAAGGAUAUGUUCAAGGAGUUGGGACUUCAGGACCCUCAGAACUUUUUCUUCAAGGAGAUGAACUCCUGGCUGGUGGGUAUGGAGGACUCCAAAGAGGCCGUGCGGAAACACAGCAAGGAAUGGUUGGAGGAGGAGAUCAGGAUUUUCAAGGAACACAGAGCUCGCCUGUGGGAAGAGGCCGCCUCUGGGAAGCUUUUCCUGGACACCGGCCACAAGACCACCACUCUUUUGACCCUGGAAAGGAAGAGGCCAGAGAAGAGCCGCAAGAAAGCCAGGAAGAUCGCUGGAAAGGGGGCCAAGGCUGUCCACAAGGACGAGAUGGACAGCGAGGAGGAGCGGCAGGGGAAGUCCAGCUCGGAAGACCACCAAAGGCCCGUUCGCCCCAUUGAUGCCAUCCAGCAUUUUGCGGAAAAGCAGCUGGAGAGAGAACGGAAGGAGCUGGAAGAGGCUGUCCCUUUGAGGGCAGAUUCCCCCCGGGACACGGUCUUGGCGUUGCCCCCUCUUCAGAAGUCCCGAGCGAUCCUGCGUCUAGGAGAAACCAACGCAAUGCUGAGAACGAGAGUUGCUGAGCGCUGCUGCUUCCCCAUCGUCUUCCCCCGCUAUCUGAUGAAAGGCUUCGUCCCCUUCCUGAAGCUUCCGCUCCCCAAGAUCACCCUGCAGCCGUUCCCAUCCCUCCGGAGGAGGCCGGCAUCGCCAAGGACGUUCGCUGCCAUGCAGCAGCUGGUGCACAAGUACUUCAUCCCAAAGUUUUCCUACGCCGACAGCUACCCUUGA